CCCCGCCCGCGGGCCCCGCUCCGCGCAGGGAGCGCCGAGCCUCGCGCACGGACCGAGCGAGCGCCCAGCCCCGCACGGCCAUGGAGCUCCGGAGAUCCAUCUCGGCCAGCGCGGAGGCCGAGAGACCCAUGAGGCGCUACGGGGCAGUGGAGGAGACGGAGUGGAAGGCGGAGGCGCUGGGCAGAAAUCAACUUGACAUCAUUUCAAUGGCUGAAACAACAAUGAUGCCUGAGGAAAUUGAGCUCGAGAUGGCAAAGAUCCAGAGACUUCGGGAAGUCUUAGUCAGAAGAGAAUCAGAACUCAGGUUUAUGAUGGAUGACAUCCAGCUGUGCAAAGACAUUAUGAACCUUAAGAAAGAGCUGCAGAGUUUGGUAGCAAUCCCAGAAAAAGAAAAAACAAAGAUGGAGAAACAAAGAGAGGAUGAACUGAUUCAGAAGAUUCAUCGGCUGGUACAAAAAAGAGAUUUCCUCGUAGAUGAUGCAGAGGUGGAAAGAUUACGGGAGAAAGAAGAAGACAGAGAGAUGGCCGAGUUCCUUCGUACCAAGUUAAAACCCAUAGACAAAGCAACACAGUCUCCUACCAGCAGCCCAGCAGAAAAGAAGGCAGAACCUCCUCCAAGCAAGCCCACCAUUGCCAAAGCGGGGUUGGCAAUUAUUAAAGAUUGUUGUGGGGCCACACAAUGCAACAUCAUGUAGCUCUGGGCUUUCUACCCUGUCUGUCUCUUCAAUGUUUUCACUGAAUGGAACUGUCUGGUGAGGGGAAACAACAGCAUCCUGCUAAUGGAGUCAAGAGCACUGGUACAACAGUAAUGGAUUGUACAAUGGCAGGUUCUUCACUGUUGCAUGGAUCACUCACGCAUGCCUAAACCAAGAAAUCUAUAUAGUGGCUGUCCAGGGACCAGAAGAGAUCAGUUGUAGAGUCAGAAACACCCCAGUGAUACAAGUGAAUGAAAAGAGGGUAUAUUUUAUCCACUAAGGUGUAAACCAGCAAUUUUAAUAGGCUAAGACUAUAAGAAUUUGUACUUUUUCCCCUGUGACUAACUGCACUCAAAAUUUGCUGAACUAUCCUAUUCUGGUUACUUUUCACAACAAAAGCCACAAGUAACAAUGCUGUAUAUAGCACAACUGAUAGAUGAAGCAACUUUAAGAUAACUGAUGUUGCAUACAAAAUACUUGCCAAACUUGUAUGAUGUUCAACUACUUUGCUGUGGAGCUUCACUUCAAAUUCUUCCUAAAGAAUGAGAUCAGUGACAAGGAUGCUGCAAGUAGCUACAGAUUUUUAUAUCCCAAAUGAUUUCUGAAUUACUCAAGUCAAAUUAAUAUUGCUUGCACCAGGGGAAAUAAAUCUCUGGCAAAGCUUUAGCAAGCACAGCUACAGGAAUCUGCAAAUAGAUGAUGCAGCCCAAAGUUGUGUCACUUCUGUUUUAGGUCUCUGCCUCACAGGGGGUCAGAGAAAUGUUCACCCAGACAGUUUCAUCCACUUUUAGAAGCUACAUGCAGUAGGAGAUUACACAUCACUGGGAGGUUGCUGGGAGAAGAGUAGAAGACAAACAAAAUGUAACUAACAUUUAAACAAUGCUUUAAAACAAGUAUUAAUUGUAUAUUUUGUGACCAUAAGAAAUAUAAACUAUCAAGCACAGGAAGACACAAACCACCCAAGACAAAUUACCACAAAACAAAUAUGCAAAUGCAUAAGUAGAUAUUUGUGGCAGAAAAAUCACAUUCUAUACAAAAUGGGUUUAAAAUUAAGGGAAAUACAGAAAGACUUAUCUGUGUUUCACCAUUAAAUGUGUUUCUGGUCUCUAUGCAGAUUAAAGCUUGUGGAAUCUAAUAUCUUUAUAUUAGCUGUCAGUAGCUGGUUUGUCUGUGUGAUGGUAUUCCAUAUAAAUGUACUGUGAUAGGUGUAAAUAGUAAAAUAAACUUAUAUGGAUCUAGUGUGAAAAUCUCAGGCUUAGAAAUAACAAACAGAUAGCAAAAAGUUCCUAGAAUAAAGUUUCACAAGAGGAACUUCCAUUUUGUGAAGCCAGCUAAGUGAAGUGUGUGCUUAUAUACAAAGGAACCACAGUAUAGGAAAGGAGAAAAAAUUAACAGCAGUUACCCCAAAAAGGAUAAACAGUUAUUUUUUUAGAGAGAAAAAAAUACCUUAUUAAGAUUCAAGGCAAUAGACACCAUCUAAAGUAACUCAGACUAUCCUUGUACAGAGUAAACCUAAUCCCUAGCACAGACUGAUUCGAUGAAAAACAUUUGUAUUUCCAGAAUAAUUUGUUUCAGUAUUCCAGACUCGCUUGAGACAAGGAACCUAUAUCACAAAGUUCCUUAAGGUUUAAGGAUCAAAGAGGAAAAAAGAAAAAAAGGUUUCCACUAAGACAUGAAGCACUUUAAUUACUUUGACCAAAGAUGGAGAAAAGAGAACAAAGGCUGAGUAGUCAGAUACAGUUAUUGCAUCCUUGUUGAUACAUGUGGCAUCACACUGUUAACAUCUACAGCACCCGUGUGCAUUAACAGGGACAGGGAAAACUGCUUGUAGGGGACAAUAUACACUAGGGGGAAAGAAUCACCCCCUGGCUUCUGUAAAAUUCAACAGCCUCUUGAAUUUGCUGGUGCCCAGUUAAGACAUCAGGAGUUAUCAGUAACUUCAGGCAAGAGGCAGAUGUCCAGUGCCAUUAAUAAAGGCAAAUGGAAGUCAGGGAAAAAGUGAAGCACCAAACUUCAAGCUUUAGGAGGAUCAGCUGGUAAGUCAAGGGUCCAGAAGGACUUUGCACAGGGUUUUUAAGGCACAAGGUGAAUUCUGUACAUCAGUGUUUUAACCAGGCUGUGCUGAUGAUUGGGCUGAUCCCUACAUGCUGCACAGAAUUCAGUUUCUUGGGAAGAAAAGUGAGAUGGGUACAAUGUAAGUUUCCAUGAAAAUAUUUCAUUAACAGGAAACAGACAUUCCUGGGAUGCAACACAGGAGGAGGCUACAGAGCCCUGCCCUUUAAUUAAAGCAAAGAAGAAACACAGCAGGUAUGAAUGUGCAAGAUUUCUACAGUUCAGCACUGGCAGCCAGUGCCCCAAAGGGACUUGAACUGCACCAGUGUUCAUGAGAGUGAGCUUCAUUUUCAGAAGUUCUACCCUGGCUCAGCUGAAAGGCUUUCUGUGUGUUUUAGUUUUUAAUUAACAAAUGCUUUGUUUCUGUUGUUAUUUGGGUGGGUUUGAACAACUUGCCUGCAGUGCACCAGUGGUUCCUUUAGAAGUGGGUCAGUGAUGCUGCUCAGCAAUAAACUCUUGGGUCUUUUAGACUGAGGUCAGAUUCUCAGCUGUGUUCAUCACUGGCUUACAGUGCUGUCCAUCCAGAACACAGCAGAGCCCUAAUGGCUUAUGUCCAAGAAAAUGGUUGCAAUUAAACAAAUUAAACUUGGGAAGGAAUUAAGUGUAAAAAUCUUGGUCCUCAUUUUUAAAAAAAAUCAGACUAAAUCACUGAAUGUCCCAAAAGCAAUCAGAGGCUUUAUAACUUGCAUGAGUCUGUGAACAUGACACAUUAUAGAACCCCCCAUAUAUAAAAGGAGAAUAUCAGACAAGUAUCUUACAGGUGACUAUCUGGAGUAACCGGCAUCAUUUCAGAGUUGAUUUUCAGAUAUCAAUUACUCUCUGCAAAGAGGGACAUUGAUGGACUGCAGCACCCAAAAUCUCUUCUGGAAAUCCUGGCUGUUUAUCACUUCAGAAAGAAGGCAAGGCAUUGGAAAAAGAAGAAAAUGUGAGGUGGAUUUGACACUCUGGUAAACAUGACUGUGUUCAGGAAAGGAGACAAAAGUGCUGAAGUGCUAUUUGUACAGAUCACCAAUUCUACCAGCAAGUGGUUCUCUUGUACCUUCCCCUAGGCCUACUGAAUCUCUUCCAAGUUAAACAUGUUUCCAAAUAAACUAAGCUGCUGUGUUAUACUAAGCA